AAGGUCCGGUCCAGCAGCUGCCACUGCUCCAUCCAUGGGGGUGCUCGACGAGUGCUGCGACGACUGCCGCUGCUACAGCUGCAGGGAAUUCUGGUGGUGCGUCCUCUGCCUCGCCGUCCUCGCCGCCGUCGCCCUCAUCGUCGUCCUCGUCGCCGCCUUCGGCUUCGUCCGCCACGUGAGCGUCACCGUGGACGACGCCUCCCUGACGCGGCUCGCGCUCGUCGGCGGCGCGCCGGCCGCGGCGACGGCGUUCGCGUACAACCUCUCGGUGACGCUCACCGUCCGCAACCCGAACUGGGCGAUGAGCAUGGCCAACACCAAGCCGCUCGACGCGGCGUACAGCUUCGACGGCCAGCAGUUCGACCGCGUGCGGCUCGCCGGUGAGGGCGACAAGCACCCCGCCGGCAAGACCAGGGUGUACAGGCUGGCGUCCGGCUCCGACGGCGCGCCCGUCUCGCUGGGCAACGCCGGCGUCGCCGAGUUCGGCAGGGAGAACGCCACGGGGGUGUUCGAGGUGGAGGUGGCGGUGAGAGGCGAGGUCAAGUACACGGCGCGCGCCGCCAAGUGCGCCAUCGAGGCCAUCUGCCCGCUCUCGCUCCAGCUCGCGCCGCCGGGGCAGGCGCCGGCGGCCGUCGUGUUCCAGAAGGUCAAGUGCAAGCUCGCCAAGGCAGAGAAGGGCUGCUAGAUAGGCCGCGGAAAUGCCGGUUGGCGAUGAUGUUCAUAAAUAAUAUGCAAGGCUGUUGUCAUUUA